AGGUCCUUUUCCUCUCUCUCUCUCCCUCUCUCUCAGCUAUGGCCGAUUCCAAUGAAGAAAAAUCUCUCGGAGAAGAAUGCUUGGGUAGCCUUGAAGAGAAGAUCUCUGAUUUUUUCAGUGAAUCUUCCAACGGUUCGAAUUGCACUUCCCUUGACGAUGAUGAAGAGGAAUCGUCCGAUCCGGCCGAGAGGGAAGAAUUCUGGCUGGGCCAGGAGAGCUUGCUCCAGGAAAUUCUAUCCCGUAGUAACUUGACGGGAUCAAAACUCCGGCGAGAAGUGAGCCGAGCUAUGAAGAUGACGAAAGAGACCGUCGAAUGCCGCUGCCCAAAGCCGAGCUCGAACAGGUGUGCAAUUUGUCUGCGCCGGGCAGUCAUCGAUCACCUUCACACCGUCGGAUACGAUGCUGCUUUGUGCACAUCUACAUGGAGGUCCACAAGAGAGAUUCCUGGAGGAAAGCAUGAGUAUAUAGAUGUCAUCGUCCAUGCCACGGACCGGAAGAAGGAAGCUCGGUUUGUGAUUGAAUUAGACUUCCGAGUGGAAUUCGAGAUGGCGAAAGCAUGCGAGGAUUACCAGAAGCUGAUAACCCAUCUGCCAGAAUCCUUUGUGGGGAAGCCCGAGCACCUGAACACAGUGUUAAGUGUGGUGUGUGGUGCAUGCAAGAGGUCGAUGAGGGAGAGGAAAAUCUACAUGGGCCCAUGGAGAAAGAGAAAGUUCAUGCUGAAGAAGUGGGCUGGUUCUCAGCGGAGAUGGUUUUCCGAUCUGUCCCCGGCAGUGUCGGUCCAAUCAAAGGAGCUUCUCAUGCCCAUUCACACUUUCAGCUUAUGUUCAGCUGCAGUGGAGGUCGCCUGAGCAAGCGACUGCCGGAAUAUGACAUGAACCCUUUGAAACUCUCUUGAGGCCCAGUUCUGGUAAUGAGCUCGUGAGGCCCACUACUACUGAUGAGCUCCAUCUAUCUACACUGCACAAGUCACCAUAUGCCACGUGGAAAAGUGGGCCAGGGUACCUUUUUUGCAUGCUGACAUGUCAUCUUAUCAUUGGUCGUGGUACCCAUUAGGAGUGCUUGAGAAAAUGCCACGUGGAAUCAAGGAUUGCCUAGUAUGUAGUGUGUGUAAAGCUAGUGGAGAGAGCAACAAUUUUGUCAGUUUUGAAACACAUGAAAAGCAGCGAUGAGAGCUUUCAUCUUGUUUGGCUUUAUACGAACACUAAUAAUUUUAAAGGAGAAAUUCUCAAGUCCAAUCGGUUGGACGUCAAA